AUGAAACAGCCAAUACCCGAUCCGCCUCCAUUGGCACAUCGACUGCAAAUACAAACAGGUCGUCCCCCUCUCUUCUGGCAAGUUCCAGUGCCACAAUUUUGCGAGCAACAAGCACCAAUACAUAGCUUCGCUGCGACUUCACUCAAACCCCAGAUAUCCAUGCGAGCACAAACAGAGAAAAUAUCGUUAUCACGUUUGGCUCGAAGCAGCGGAUCGGCAUUCACAGCAAAUACCAACCAAUUUCACGACGCAAUUGAAUCAAUAAGAAGAUAUCCGUAUCGGUAUAAACUUGAGCAAGGAAAAAACUAUCCGAAAUUAAAAUUCAUCGGAACCGUGAAAUUACAUGGAGCCAAUGCCGCAAUCGUCUAUCAGAAAGAAUUAGGAUAUCAUUGUCAAUCGCGUCAUCUGAUCGUAUCUCCAGAAAUGGAUAAUCAUGGUUUUGCACGUUUUAUGUAUCCACUAGCAGAGAAAUUUCUACAAGAGCGUGUUCUUAUUAAUUGUUCGAUGCUUCAAAAACAUUAUGAUCGUGGAAAUACGAUUGUCAUCUAUGGAGAAUGGUGUGGUCGAAACAUUCAGAAGAAUGUUGCUCUGUGUGGUGUUCGAAAAAUGUUUGUAAUUUUCAAGGUUCGAAUCGGAGAGUCAAAACCGCCAGUUUGGAUUGAUCCAAAACAUUGGUCGAACCUUCAAUGGUCUGAGCAAUCGAUUUACAAUAUUUUCAACUUUCCAACCUACGACAUCGAGAUUGAUUUUAAUCAACCGCAACUUGCUCAGAGCAAGCUUGUAGAAAUUACCAAAACUGUUGAAAAUGAAUGUCCAGUUGGCAUGUAUUUUAAUCAGAAAGGUUAUGGAGAAGGUAUUGUUUGGACUGAAUGGUUGCAAUCAUAUGGCAAUCUUUCAUUUAAAGUCAAAGGUGAAAUGCAUGCAGUGACCAAAGGUGGCCCGAUGGCGCCGAUUGCUGCAGAAAGAUUCGAUAGCAUCGACGACUUUGUCGAAUAUGCUUGCACGGAUAAUCGUAUGAAUCAAGCACUCGAUUAUCUUUGUGAAAUACAAUUAGAGAUUGAAAUGGAUAAUUUGGAUACGUUUCUUGAAUGGAUUAUAGCUGAUAUCAAGAAAGAAGAGACAAAUACUAUUAAGAAUUCAAAUUUGAAUCUAAAAGAUGUUAUGUGUGCUAUCAGUAGGAAAGCUACUGCUUGGUUUGUAAAGCGCUUCUUAAACAAUAACGUACAAUAG